AUGGAUACGUUCUCGUUGUAUUCUUCUGUUAUUAGGUAUUUAGAACGUGAUUCAUUUCUAUCACGAGUUAAAAGCCGUCUAAUAAAAACAUUAUGUGAAAAGAGACGUCCUGUAUCAAUUGUGCCUAUACAUCUUCGUCUUCAUGAAUUGGCGGAGUUUCUAGGAUCUUCUGUGAUUGAAAUAAUCAACCGUAUCUCCAUUCUUGAAAAAAUGCUUCAGAAGCAGUAUGCAGCCAAUCAUUUUACAAAUACUAAUUCAUAUCUUCCAGUUGGCUUCACUUUUCUUAAAACGGUAGAAUUUCUCUUACUUCCAAGACAGGACAAAGAAACAGGGACCAUUCUAGAUCGAUUCAGAAUCAAAAGAAGCAUCAGGUGCUUUGUGCAUGGUAAAUUGAUUCACAAACUCUCGUUUGGAAGGAGAUGCUUUGUUUCGGGUGUUCCAUUUCUAAACAAAGCUGGUCAAUCGUAUCAGUGGCAGUUUAAAGUUUACGGUAUUGUAGACAUUACAGUGAAUCCUAUAGACCCAUGGAAAUGUGCAUUGAGUACAGUUGUCAAAAGUUUACCUAGUUAUGUUCCUGCCUACGAAUUCGGGAUUGCGUUUACAUUUGCAUUCAUGUUUUUAGACAAUAUCACCAAACCGGGCACCUUUUUCUUGCUAAAAUGGUUGCUACUUUUACUUCUAACCCAGAAUGAAUUUACAGAGCCAAGCAACGAAGGAACUUCAUUCUCACGGAGUUCAUCUAGGCCUCCAGCUCUACUUCUGUUAGGAUCCUUGGGUGAUAGUAUAUCAAAUAAAAUACUAAGAGCUGCAGGACAAUAUGCCAAACCUUUUUGUGAACACAAAUCUAGUGGAAGCUUACUACCAACAUCUUUAGAAAUGGACUCAACCGGAUCUAAGAAACCUAACUUGAAAUGUCUAAAAAAGACAGCGCAGCAGAAAAAUACUCUUCGAACCAAAACCAUAGAAUUAGACAAGACAUGUUCAAAUGCUGAGAACAUAGUUAUGUGUGGAACCAUAGAACUGGCGUCUGGAGGGAUAGCUUUCUUCCCGAAUUUGGAACUUUAUAAAAAGAAAGAAUUGACCAAUCUUAUAUAUGCUUUAGAGAAUAUGGCUGUCAGUACUUCGUUUGUACAGCAUGAAAAUAAAUCACCUCCUAAUCGUGAAAUCACUGAUGAAUUACCUUAUCCAAAUGAAACAACUAUCUGGGCUACAGCUGAGAUCACUUCAGCAUACAGAGAAAAGCUUAAAGAACCGACUUUUAAAUUUUCGCAAACUGAUUUAUUUGACACAGAGCCUUCUACACAAACAACAACAGCAACAACAAAAUGGACAUGUAGUUCUUUAUUAAGAAAAGGAAAUUUAAAGAGAAUUACUCAUGCUUUCGAUCUCGUUAUCUAUACUGAAGAAGUUGCUGGGCCGAUGGAACUCAUUGACGAGUCACUGUCCGAUUUGUGUUUAAAAAUGGCUGACAAAUCCAGUGUGGAAGAAUAUUCGUCAAGAUUACCUUCACACUCAUAUAUGAGAAUAUACACAAGCCUUUUAGAUGCUUGCAAAAAUUCACCUCCGGUGAAGAUUGAAGACGACGCCAGCCAAUUAUUGAAAGUUUAUUAUUUAGCAAUGAGGCGUUCGUCCAUCGGCGACCAACAGACAGCUCCAGCUUCUGCACUACCUACACUAUUUAAGCUAGCUAAAGCUAAUGCUAAAAUUAAUGGACGCAUUGUUGCUACUGAAGUUGAUGCUACUAUUGCAAUCUAUAUCUACGAUACUUUUAUCGAGUUCCAAACAGGUACAAGCUAUCUUGGGUUGAAACCGUUACAUUAUGUUUCAGGAAUGGAGCAAACAUCAAUGGAAGAGCUAAAUAGUACGUUGAUGUCAAUAAAUAAACAACUAAAGGAUUUGAUAAAUAUUGCUAUGGAUGAACUGUAA